AUGACUCCCCAUUCCAAUAACCCUUCUCCCAGCGUCGGGCAGCCCACACCCCCCGCGGUCCCUCCAUCAACAAACGCCACUACAACAGCAAAUACCAACGAUUCCGACAGCGCCAGUAGUCCCGAGGAACGUCCAACCCAUACUUCUGAGAUUGGAACCCUUAAAAAGCUGUCCACUCAGGGCACCGCCUGGUUGGGGAGUUCGUCUGGAGUCUACUUUGUCAACACUGUCCGGCAGGCAUUCUCCGCCGCGUUUGCUUCUUCCAAUUCCGGCGGGCCCAACGCUGUCCCCGCGAGCGAAGAUAUCUUGACCGGCGAAGACGCGGAAGGCCGAUCAUACAAUGGACCUCUACACGAAGGUCCGAGUGCAACUGACCAGUUUCCGCAACUUCUCUCGUGCGCGCUGGGGAAACCACCGGACAAGAAAAUUGCCAUUGAACUCGUCAUGUCGUUCUUCACAGCAUGGCAUCCUCUAUUUCCAUUCCUCCAUGGCCCCACCUUUCUGAAGGACAUGGAAGUGAUCUAUGCCAGCCAGGGUCGGUCGCCAAAGACGGCCAAAGAGAAUCCAUCUGCAAACGAGCUCAACAAACUCAUCACUUUCCAGUUGAUCAUCAAUAUUGCAUCGCUCGACCGAACCGAUAUUCAUCUUCCCAUGGAAUCACGCAUCAAAUCCACUGCUGAUGUAAGCCGUGUAGCCGGCUGCCUGGCUUUGCUCCAUGAUCUAUCCACCAUCCAAGCCAUCCUUGCGGCCGAGCUCUAUCUUUGUGCCACCCUUGCCAUUCGACAAGCCAGCACGGUCGCCGGCAUUAUCGUCAAGCUGAUCUACCAUGCCGGCCUCCACCGUUGUCCCCUACGCUACGCUCAACUGUCGCUAGAAGAAUGUGACAUUCGAAAACGCAUAUUCUGGUCUGCCUAUGCUCUAGACCGACAUUGCAAUUUGAGCCUGGGUGACCCCAACAUCAUUCAGGAUGACGAUAUCGACGUCUGUCUUUCUGGCCCUGAGCUCCACAAGGCCGGGGGCCGGGACAUGAUUUCCAAUGCCAAUAUGGGCAUGCCUAUGCCUCCACCCCGUAUGCCCUCGGACGAUCCUCGAUUGGCAGAGCAAUACGACGAUUCACCGGAAGCACGAGAGAGACGCAUCAGGGAAGCGGCAUUGACGGCAUACGUGCAAUGGUCGAAGUUGACGGGCCAGAUCAUCGAAAUCUUCCACAAGAGCAUUAAUCAUCGCUUUCCUAAGCACGAGCAAAUUCUGCGUCUAACAAGCGAUAUCGAAACCUGGUGGAAUAAUCUUCCUGGCUUCCUGACCGGUGAGACCGAUCAGCUCGAUCUUCAGUGUAAUGCCUAUGAACCUGUUGAUGGAGGUGUCAAGGCAUCUGCCGCCAACUCAACCACUGCCCCCGGUGGGCCAAACUCAUCCAGCGAACCCCCCUUUCUGCCUCCUCAACAACACCUGGCUAGCUUUUUCAAGAUUCUGUAUCAUCGACUUCUCUUGCUGGUUAAUCGUCCACGUCUGUCACUCGACCAGUCAACUCCGGAGUUUCAACAUGGGCUUCAGCUCUGCAUCCGAGCGUCCCGAGGGAUCGUUACCGGUCUGAAAUCUCAUAGAGCUCACAGUCAGUCAAUGUUUCUCCCAGGCCUGCUUUCCGCGGUGUGGAUGUCUGGCCUGAUCAUUGCCUUUGCAUGCCAGCUCGGGAAAUAUGCCAAAGCUCGAGCGCUCAGUGACAUGCAAUCCUGUCUGUCCAUGCUCGAGAGCAUGAAUCUGCGCUGGUACACGGUUCAGAAUUGUCAUAAAGUACUAAGUUUGUUGCUGGACAAUAUUCAGUCGCGAAAGGCCAACAGCAGUGGCUUCCUCACCGUCCCGAAGCCCGAGCAUGCGCCUCAUUCCAUGACGCACGACUUCGACCAGGCACAGCCUACUUCGAGAAAACGACCACGGACAGGGGGCGCCGAAGACGCCAGUCCUCGAAAAUCGUCCAUCACAGGCUCCGUGUCAGGGUCGCCGGUCCAACAACACUCAACAAUGGCUGGUGGGGCCGGCCAACUCCCCAGGUCGAAACGACCGAAACAACCAUCUACCUCUGGGAGCACGCCGUCCUGGGCGGCCUCUACUACCUUCGAUCCCACCAAUUCUUCCGGGUUCGCCGGCAUGCCUGGCGGACAACCGUCCAGCUUCGACUUCUCCAACUGGGACCGCGGCCAACCUACCACUCAACCGCACUACAACCUCGGAGUCGGCAGCGCCGUGUAUGCGACGCCUCAAGACCUGGCGUUCGCCCGGUCGACCAUGAACAUGGCUUUUCCUGGCGCCAACAAUACGGCCAAUGGCGACAUGGCCGGCGGCAACAACAACAACAGCAGCACCGCGAAUACCGGUAUGCAGGAGUACUCGGACCCCAUGUUCUGGGGAAAUAUGGACUACAACGUCGCCGACAUCUUUGGCUCUGCCAGCUGGGAGAACAUGACCGGUCCGUUCGCGCCUGGUGGUGGCGGCGUGAAUGGCGGUUGGGAGUUUUGA